UUAGUCGGCGUUUGGGACUCAAGUGAAGAGGAAAGAAACGCGCUUCAUUUUCGUAUUUUUUUUUCUUUAAAGAGUUUGUGUCCAUCUUAUCAAUUGGAUUGUAAAGUGAGGAAGAAGAGGAAAACUUAAACUUUUAUACAUUCAGCGAAAUUACUACCCGAAAAUGUCACAGGGUGUUCUUAGAUUGUGCACAUUCGGCGGGGAAUCUUUUUUAAAGUGUCCAAAGCCACUUCAUCCAUCACGUCUCUUCUCAGGAAGUGUUAAAUUAUUGAACAAAGAUGGAAAACCAGUUGAAGCCAUAAAAGGUAUUCCAUACAAAAAUCUAACAAUCGGCGUUCCUAAAGAAAAAUGGUUAAAUGAAAGAAGAGUUGCGUUAUCUCCUCAAGUAACAGCGACGUUAGUGAAAAAAGGAUUCAAUGUAAAUAUUGAAAAAGGCGCAGGUGAACAAGCAAAGUUCCGUGACGAAGAUUAUUUGACAGCUGGUGGAAACAUCGUUGACAGUAACAAAGCAUGGGACACAGAUAUUUUAUUGAAAGUACGUCAGCCAAUGGAGAAUGAAAUUCCGCUAAUUCGUGACAACUCGACACUCAUUUCAUUCCUCUAUCCUGGUCAAAAUAAAGAUCUCUUGAAUCAUUUGGCAAAGAAGAACAUCAAUGCAUUUGCAAUGGAUUGCAUCCCUCGUAUAUCACGUGCUCAAGUGUUUGAUGCUUUAAGUUCAAUGGCAAACAUUGCUGGUUAUCGCGCAGUCAUUGAAGCAGCAAAUCAUUUUCCAAGAUUCUUUACUGGUCAAAUUACUGCUGCUGGUAAAGUACCUCCUGCAAAAAUUCUUGUAAUUGGUGCUGGUGUUGCUGGUUUGGCAGCUGUUGGACAAGCACGUUGCAUGGGUGCCAUUGUCAGAGCUUUCGAUACAAGAUCAGCUGCUCAAGAACAAGUUGAGUCAAUGGGCGCUGAAUUCUUAACAAUAAACAUCAAAGAAGAAGGAGCAACUGCUGGUGGAUAUUCAAAGGAAAUGAGCAAAGAAUUUAUCGAUGCUGAGAUGGCUUUGUUUGCAAAGCAAUGUAAGGAAGUUGAUGUUGUAAUCACAACAGCUUUGAUUCCUGGUAGGAAAGCUCCAACACUUAUCUUAGAAGAACAUAUAAAGUCAAUGAAGCCUGGAAGUGUUGUUGUUGAUCUUGCUGCAGAAGCUGGUGGUAACAUUGCAACAAUUGUUCCUGGUGAAGUGAAAACUGUUCAUGAUGUCGUUCACAUUGGUUACACGGAUCUUCCAUCACGUUUACCAACACAAGCUUCAACACUUUACGCCAAUAACAUCUCAAAGUUCUUACUUUCAAUUGGUGAGAAAGAUCAUUUCGAUAUCAACCUUAAAGAUGAUGUUGUUCGUGGAAGUAUUGUGACACAAAACAGAAGCGUAACUUGGCCACCACCCGUCAUUUCUGUUUCUGCACAACCACAAGCAGCUGCUGCUGUUGCUCCGAAGCCAAAAGUAGAACUUCUCCCACCAAAUCCAUUUACAGAGACAAUGAAGAGUAGUUUGACUUACACUGCUGGUCUUGGAACGUUAAUCAGUCUUGGUGUUGCAUCACCAAAUCCCGCAUUUACUGCAAUGAUGUCAACAUUCGCUUUAUCAGGAAUUGUCGGUUAUCACACUGUUUGGGGUGUCACGCCAGCACUUCAUUCACCACUCAUGUCAUGUACAAAUGCACUUAGUGGCAUCACAGCUGUUGGUGGAUUGUUGUUAAUGAAUGGCGGUUACUUUCCAACAAACGCCAUUGAAGGAUUAGCAGCGAGUGCAGCUUUGAUUUCGUUUGUGAAUAUUUUCGGUGGAUUUUUGGUGACACAAAGAAUGUUGGACAUGUUUAAACGUCCAACUGAUCCACCAGAGCAUAACUAUCUGUAUGGAAUCCCAGCUGCUGUUUUUCUUGGUGGUUAUGGACUUGCAGCACUUAACGGAUUAACAGAAGUCAAUCAAAUUGCAUAUCUUGCAUCAUCUUUAUGCUGUGUUGGUGCACUUGGUGGAUUAUCGUCACAGAAAACUGCACGAUUGGGCAACACUUUAGGAAUGAUUGGAGUUACUGGCGGGAUUGCUGCAACUCUCGGAAUUCUCGCUCCAACACCAGAAGUUUUAGCACAAAUGGUCGGUGUUGCUGGUAUUGGUGGUUUACUUGGAACUGUCAUUGCGAAAAGAAUAGAAAUUACUGAUCUACCUCAACUUGUUGCUGCAUUCCACUCACUGGUUGGUAUGGCAGCUGUUCUGACAUGUGUCGCAACUUACAUUCAUGACUUCCCGACUUUGGCUGAAGAUCCAGCAGCGAAUGUCUUGAGAACAGCUUUGUUCUUGGGAACUUAUAUUGGCGGCGUGACAUUCUCAGGUUCACUUGUUGCUUACGGAAAACUUCAAGGUAUUCUUAGCUCCGCUCCAUUACUUCUUCCUGGUCGUCACAUGAUCAACAGUGGAUUGUUAGCUGGUAAUGCUUUGGCAAUGGCUGGUUUCUUCAUGGAUCCAACAAUGAUGGGUGGUUUAGGAUGGCUUGGAGCGACCGCUGCAAUGUCAACAGCCAUGGGAGUCACAUUAACUGCUGCUAUUGGUGGUGCUGACAUGCCAGUGGUUAUCACUGUUCUCAAUUCAUAUUCCGGUUGGGCACUUUGUGCUGAAGGUUUCAUGUUGAACAAUAAUUUGAUGACAAUUGUUGGUGCUUUGAUUGGAAGUUCCGGUGCCAUCUUGUCUUACAUUAUGUGCAAAGCUAUGAAUCGAUCGUUGCCAAAUGUUAUUCUUGGAGGAUACGGAACAUCAUCAACUGGAGGUGGUAAACCAGCAGAAAUUGUUGGCACACAUACAGAAGUUCAAGUUGAUGGCGUUGUUGAGAUGAUGAAGAAUGCUAAGAACAUCAUCAUCACACCUGGCUAUGGUUUGUGCGUUGCUAAAGCUCAAUAUCCGAUUGCUGAACUUGUUGAAAUCUUGAAGAAGCGAGGAAAGAAAGUUCGAUUUGGAAUUCAUCCAGUCGCUGGUCGAAUGCCUGGACAAUUAAAUGUACUUUUGGCUGAAGCUGGUGUGAGUUAUGAUGACGUAUUGGAAAUGGAAGAAAUUAACGACGAUUUCUCUGAAACUGACUUGGCACUUGUCAUUGGUGCAAACGACACAGUUAAUUCAGCAGCUGAAGAUGAUCCUAACUCAAUAAUUGCUGGAAUGCCCGUUCUUCGAGUGUGGAAAGCUGAUCAAGUUGUUGUGAUGAAACGUUCACUUGGUGUCGGCUAUGCUGCCGUCGAUAAUCCAAUUUUCUACAAACCCAACACAGCCAUGUUACUUGAUUUUGGAACAAUUUAUAAGAAUUCUUCGAUAAUUGUGAAGUUUAUAAAUGAAGACGAUGUUCGAUCGUAUCAGCAACGUGAAAGAGAAUCUCUUGUGGAACAAAAAUGGUACAUUGGAGGAAAAAGAAUUUCUGGAGAUGGUUUGAUUGCAAAUAACCGCGGCCAAUUUGACUUUGGAUCAACAAAAGAUUUCUAUAUUGAGCUGAGAUAUCCAGAACAAAAAGAUUUCUACAUCACACACAUUUCAUGUCUUGUAGAGCAAUCGUCGCUUAUUGGCAGAGCUUACACAACUGACGGUGGAAUUGGUAAAAAUUACAUGACAUUAGUGAUUGAAUCAAAGCGAACAGAAUAUUUUUAUUACAAUGUUUAUCUGUUCGGUAGAAAGUUAAACGAAGUAUCAAAUUUACAUCUAUUGAAGAGAAUUCUCAAAUUACAAAACAAUCAGCGAAGUGAAACGUCGCCGUAUACACAGAUAAGUAAGGUUUUAAAAUCUCUCAAACUCAAAAAUUUCAAAUAUUGGAGUAACAAAAAUGUGCCUUACAUUGAGCCCGAUUUUCCAACUGGAAACAUCGCUGAAAUUCUAAAAGGGAAAUCUCAUUUUGGCUGCGUAAUUCAAAAUCUAUACACGAAAAUGAAACAUUCGGGAGAUUAUUGUGGAAUUUACUUUUUUUAUAAUCCAACGUUGUUGGUGUUGAGUUGUGAAUUUGCAAAAACUGUUCUAGUGCGUGAUUUUAAUUAUUUUGUUGAUCGCGGAGUGUUUUGUAACGAAGAAAUCGAUCCAUUAAGUGCCAACAUAUUUUUUCUCGAAGGUCAACGAUGGAGAGAUUUAAGAGCGAAAUUAACGCCCACAUUCACCUCUGGAAGAUUGAAACAAAUGUUUUUUACAAUACUUGAUGUCGGAAAUAAUUUUGUUAGUCAUCUGAAGCCACUCGCUGAUAAAUCGGAAGAUGUUGACAUUUACGAUCUUCUUGCAAGAUUCAACAUCGAUGUCAUUAGUUCAUGUGCAUUUGGAAUCGAAUCAAAUUCAUUAGAAAAUCCUGAAACAGAAUUUCGAACGAUGGGAAGAAGAAUGUUAAACUUUGGAAAGUGGAAGUCUUUGAAAAUAACUUUUGCGAUGUCAUUUAGUAAACUAGCAAAACGGUUGGGUGUUCGAUUUAAUGACGUUGAUGUGGCUAAUUUCUUUUUAAAUUUAGUGAAGGAGACAAUUGAUUAUCGCAAGAAAACAGGCAAUGAAAGAAAAGAUUUUAUGCAAUUGUUGAUAAAUCUUAUGAAGAAAGAUGGAACAGUUGACGAAGACAACCAGAAACUCACCUUUAAUGAAAUUGCAGCACAAGCUUAUGUCAUGUACUUUGCAGGCUUUGAGACUUCUUCAACUGUCAGCUGUUUCACUCUUCAUUCCCUCGCAUUUAAUGAAGAGAUUCAAGAGAAAGUUCGAAAAUCUAUCAAGGAAAUUCUUGAAAAACAUAACAAUGAGUGGUGUUACGAUGCGAUCAUGGAAAUGACUUAUUUGGAACAAGUGAUUGAAGAAUCAAUGCGAUUGAAUCCGCCUGUUGCAACACUUCAUCGAACAGUGACGACAGAUUAUAAAUUACCCAAUGGAUCGAUCAUCGAAGAAGGUACAAAAAUCAUCAUUCCUUGCUUAGCUUUUCACAGAGAUCCUGAAUUAUUUCCUGAACCAUUGAAGUUCGACCCAGAAAGAUUUAGUCCAGAAAUGAAGCAAACACGACAUCAAUUUGCUUCACUUCCUUUCGGAGAAGGUCCACGUUAUUGCAUCGGCAUGAGACUUGGUUAUCUUCAAACAAAACUAGGAAUUGCAAUGAUCUUACACAAUUACAAACUUUCACCUUGUAAUCUAACGGAUAAUCCAAUAAAAAUCAAUCCAGUCACACUAAUUCAUGGACCUGAUGGUGCAGUUUGGUUGAACAUCAAACCUGUUGAAAGUUAAACUUAACAAGACAGCAGCGCAAUCUCUGAAUGUAAAUUAAUAAACAAAAUGCAAUUAAUUUAGAAUGUGAAUGUUGAAAAUCAAAGGAAAUUUAUUUACAGAUUUCUUUCCAAAAAAUUGUUUGAUAAUA